AUGGAAGCAGCAGAAAUGGAGAACGUUGACCACGAGGAUUUGCAGAAUGGAAGAGUCGAGAUCAAAACAAUUAAAAAGGAAGAAGUUGGAGAUGAAGAUUUUCUCUAUGGAGGAACAUUCAACUCUGAGGGAAACACUUCCUCUGCGGGACACGCUGCUCCAGUGGACCAAGAGCCUGAAGGUUUCCUGAAAAUAAUUAUAAAAGAAGAAGAUCCUGAAGACGACAACGACAUAACGAACGACGAUUUCUGCUGCUACUUGUGUCCAUUUUCCUGUUCAGCCCAGAUUUAUCUCUACAAGCACAUGAAGAGUUGUCACAACGGCAAAAACGAGACGCUUAUUAAAUCUGAAGAGGAUGAAGGUAAAAAUCCGAGUGAUACUAUACAAACCUCCUCUGAUCCUCUCAGCAUGAGCACUUCUCAUCAACAACAGCACAACUGCUCGUACUGUGGUCAGAGCUUCAGGUGGCUGAGUGAUCUGAAAGUCCACCAGAACAUUCACACCGGAUACAAACCGUACUGCUGCUCACAGUGUGGAAAGUCUUUCCAAAAACACAAUCUUUUAAAACUUCACCUGCGCAUUCACACAGGAGAGAGGCCGUAUUGCUGCUCACAGUGUGGGAAGUCUUUUAUUCGAGAUUCUCAUCUCAAAAUCCACCAGCGCAUUCACACCGGAGAGAAACCGUACCAGUGCUCGGAGUGUAAGAAAUGCUUCUAUCGACAGUGUCACCUUAAAACACACCAGCUCAUUCACACCGGAGAGAAACUGUUCUCUUGCUCUCAGUGUGGGAAGGGUUUCAUUCGAAAUAGUCGUCUUAAAAUCCACCAGCGCAUUCACACCGGAGAGAAAUCCUUUUUCUGCUCACAGUGUGGGAAGAGUUUUAUUCAUUAUUAUCAGCUUAAAUGUCACCAGCACAUUCACACCGGAGAGAAACCGUACUGCUGCUUACAGUGUGGGAAGUCUUUCAUAAAACAGAGUCUUUUAAACAUUCACCUGCGCAUUCACACUGGAGAGAGACCGUAUUGCUGCUUACAGUGUGGAAAGUCCUUUAUUCGAGAUUCUUAUCUCAAGAUUCACCAGCGCAUUCACACAGGAGAGAGGCCGUAUUGCUGCUCACAGUGUGGCAAGUCUUUUAUUCGAGAUUCUCAUCUCAAAAUUCACCAGCGCAUUCACACGGGAGAGAGGCCGUAUCAGUGCUCGGAGUGUAAGAAAUGUUUCUAUCGACAGUGUCAUCUUAAAACGCACCAGCUCACUCACACCGGAGAGAAACCCUAUUGCUGUACAGAGUGUGGGAAAGCUUUUAAGCAACAGUGUCAACUAAAAAAACACCAGUGCAUUCACACUGGAGAGAGACCGCAUCAGUGCUCGGAGUGUAAGAAAUGUUUCUCUCGACAGUGUCAUCUUAAAAGGCACCAGCUCAUUCACAUCGGAGAGAAACCGUUUUCCUGCUCGCUACACCAGCGCGUUCACAUCAGAGAGAAGCUGUAUCAGUGCUCGCAGUGUGGGAAGAGUUUUGAACAUCAUACCUAUCUUACAGUCCACCUGCAUAUUCACACCAUUUGUCUGCUCACAGUGUGGGAAGAGUUAUAAUUACCAGAGUCAUCUUAACAAUCACCAGCACAUUCACACCAGAGGUAAAUCGAAUCAGUAAUCACAGUACAUUUUCGGCAGUUAACAGACACUUUUAUCCAAAGUGACUUACAGUACUGUGGCAGUAUACUGUCUAAGCAAUUGAGGGUUAAGGGCCUUGCUCAAGGGCCCAACAGUUACAACCUGACAGUGGUGGGGUUUAAUCCAGCGACCUUCUGCUUACUAGUCCAGUACCUUAACUGCCCUGUAAAAGAGAAAAGAGUAAAACAGUAAAAGAGUUGUAAUCAACUUUAUAAUCUUAUAAUCUACCAGAACUAUCACACUGGGGAAAUACAAAAAAUAUGAGUCAGCGGAUGCUGAGGAACAUAGUGCGCAGAGGUCACCAACUUUCUGCAGAGUCGAUCACUACAGACCUCCAAACUUCAUGUGGCCUUCAGAUGAGCUCAAGAACAGUGUGUAGAGCUUCAUGGAAUGGGUUUCCAUGGCCGAGCAGCUGCAUCCAAGCCUUACAUCACCAAGCGCAAUGCAAAGCGUCGGAUGCAGUGGUGUAAAGCAUGCUGCCACUGGACUCUAGAGCAGUGAAGACGUGUUCUCUGGAGAUCCGAUGGACGAGUCUGGGUUUGGUGGUCGCCAGGAGAACGGUACCUGUCUGACUGUAUUGUGCCGAGUGUAAAGUGUGGUGGAGCGAGGAUGAUGGUGUGGGGGUGUUUUUCAGGAGUCGGGCUCGGCCCCUUAGUUCCAGUGAAAGGAACUCCUAAUGCUUCAGCACACCAAGAGAUUUUGGACGAUUUCAUGCUCCUGACUUUGUGGGAACAGUUUGGGGAUGGCCCCUUCCUGUUCCAACACGACUGCGCACCAGUGCACAAAGCACAAGCUCCAUAAAGACGUGGAUGAGCCAGUUGGGUGUGGGGAAGAACUUGACUGGCCUGCACAGAGUCCUGACCUCAACCUGAUAGAACAUCUUUGGGAUGAAUUAGAGCGGCGACUGUGAGCCAGGCCUUCUCGUCCAACAUCAGUGUCUGACCUCACAAAUGCGCUACUGGAAGAAUGGUCAAAAAUUCCCAUAAACACACUCCUAAACCUUGUGGAAUGCCUUCCCAGAAGAGUUAAAGCUGUUUUAGCUGCAAAGGGUGGCGACAUCAUAUUAAACCCUAUGGAUUAAGAAUGGGAGUAAAGUGUAAGUUUUUAGCAUCAUGAUUUAGCGUCUGUUCAUUGUUUUAAUGAUAUAACAUCAGUUUUAAGAAUAUUUGGGAUGUUUGUGUUGAGGUUAUGGGGCAGAUUCAUCCAAACACUUGCAGAAAACAUGUUUGGUGGUAAUUAUAGCUAAAGAUAUUGUCUUCAAUACUGUUGCUGUUCUUUUGAAAGCUGUAAUUUAAAAUAUGUAAAUAAAAGAAUGUUUUUUAAUAGGGUUUGAUUGCACUGGUCACAUGAUACACUUCACUUGGGUUCUAAUGAAUUCAUGUGUUUUAGCUAAAACAGUUGAAAUAAAACAUUGAUAUGAAGGAAAAUAUAUGCUUCCUGUGUCAACAGUUUAGGAAAGGCCCUUUUCUAGCAUUACUGUGUGCUUCUUGUCCCAUACUUCCUACCAAAACCAGCAGUAUAGGUUAAGAUUUCUUUAUUGAUCCCCAUGGGGGAAAUUUGAGUGUUACAGCAGCUCCAGUACAGUGUAAGAACAGUAAAUAGAGUAAAUAAAAUAGAGUAGAAUAAAAUAAGAAUAAGAAAAUUAUAAAGAAAAUAUUAGCUAUGAGAUGCAAUUACUAUUAUACAUCAGUAUGGUAAUUACAACUACAG